AUGACACUAGAAGCUUUAUCAUCAAACGGUCUCAUAAACGUUUUGCUCCCCGAGGCUCUUUCACCAAGCCCAUUUAAGUCUCUCGUCGAUCUUGAGCGGUCACCCGUAAAUGACGUCAUCAUCUCCACGAACACAACUCCGGAGAUAUCUCAUCAAGAACCAUCGUCAUGGCAGCCACCACAGGCAAGCAGAGGGAAGAAGCGGAGGAGGAGGAAGCCUAGGGUUUGCAAAAACGAAGAAGAAGCUGAGAAUCAACGGAUGACUCACAUCGCCGUAGAAAGAAACCGAAGAAGACAGAUGAAUCAACAUCUCUCUGUCUUAAGAUCUCUCAUGCCUCAACCUUUUGCUCAAAAGGGUGAGCAAGCUUCAAUAGUUGGUGGAGCCAUAGAUUUCAUCAAAGAACUUGAACAUCAACUCCUAUCUCUUGAAGCUCAAAAGCUUCAAAAGGCUCAACUAAACCAGACGGUUACUUCUUCAACAAGUCAAGACUCUAACCCGGAGAAUCUCCAUCAACCAUGUUCACUACCUAUAUCACAGCUCUUUCUUCACUCUUAUGAUCCGAGCCAGGAGAAUAGAAAUGGCACAACAAGCUCCGUGAGAACCGCUAUGGAAGAUCUUGACGUGACUCUAUUCGAAACUCAUGCUAACAUCAGAAUUUUGUCGAGAAGAAGAGGUUUCCGAUGGACAACGAUGGUCACCACCGGGCCACGGCAACUCUCAAAGCUGGUGGCUGCUUUACAAUCACUCUCCCUCUCGGUGCUUCACCUAAGUGUAACAACAUUGGACACUUUUGCUGUCUACUCUAUCAGCACUAAGGUGGAAGAGAGUUGUCAGCUAAGUUCAGUAGAUGACAUUGCAGAAGCAGUUCAUCACAUGAUAAGUAUCAUUGAAGAGGAGGCUUUUCGUUGUUCAUUAGUACCAGAAAUAUCCUACAGUUUCCCUUUGAAUCACUAA